AUGGCACUUUUAACCCGGAUGGCGAGAGAAAUACAUCAUAAUGCGCAAUCAUUAAAUCCGGCCAUAUCCGAGUUUCCAGAUACGGCCGGUCAAAGUCCUCAUCUACUUUCUAGUCAAGCCGCAAAAGAUUUUCCGCCGGAAGGAGGCGAUUGGACUCAAUAG